UGGUCAGAAGAGUCGCCCUGCCCAGUCAUCUUCACAUUGGCUCGACAUCGCCAACUGCCACGAGUCGAGGUCGAACUUCUGACCAGGUUUGCAAAGGCUAGGAAGUCGAUGAGCAUGCUUACCCGUGCACCACUCGGGGCUACCUGGCUCGGCCGAUCAACCUCGGGUCUUGGUCUCCAGUCAGUUGCGGCCAUCUCGACUACGAUAUCUACCGGCCGAACGUAUCCGCGCGGAGAUGCCGGGGAGAUUGCGGGUUCUCCGGUCAUAGAGUUGGAGGCAUGUAAAGGGAUGGUAUUCCCACCCAGCCCUAUCGAAUUGAGCGUGUCCGCGUCAGCCGUUUCAUCCUCAAGCUCGGAUUUUCAACUUCAACGACCCAAAUUUGACUUGUGCGGGCCAUGCUUUUGUCGUGCUUCCAGCCUGUUCGCUGCUGCGAACAAAAAUGGCCACUUCGAAGAACCCCCACCAAGCAGGUUGCCCGGUGCACAUCGAGCCUGGGCAUCAGAGCCUAAAAUAGUGGCAUCGCGUCAACAGGCGAACCUGUCACGCGAGUUGAAGGCUUCGGACUAUGAUUGCGCCAUGGCGGCGCUGCUCGUCCUCUCCGCCAACCACCGAUGACCUCGCUUACUCCCCGCCUGUGGGCAAAUGUGCACUUUCGUCUUGGAUGGUCCCCGAAGCCCGCGGUCAAGAAUCAGGUCGGGGCUUAUGUCAAUAGUCCCGAAUCGAGAUGAGGCCAUAGACUGACCACAACGCCACAGCAGUGCCAAGCGGCCGAUAGGCGAGUAGUCUUUCGGCCCCAACGUCAUUGCCCAGAUCUCGCAUCAGCGUGGGCCGUGGGGCGGCUGAUCACCCCAGAAGCUCCGUGCAUUAGCCUAGGGCGGAUCACGUCAAGGGUGCAGCUCAGCCCGACCUGUGGCAAGGCGAGAUGUCCGAGCACCCGUACGCUUGAUUCUAGACACUUGAUAAUGUCCAGGU